AUGGACUUCGUGACGCAUAUGCCGAAGUCCGACCGAGGAAAUACGUUUUUGCUACUAUUCCAAGACAUGUUUUCUGGAUAUGUGAUGUGCAAGCCGAUGGAUUCAACCACCGCUCAGGCUGUCGCGGAGGUGUAUGAGGAACGAGUAUUCCUGAACCUUGGAGCAAGUUCGAUGAUUCGGCAUGAUCAAGAUCCUCGCUUUAUGAGCGAGGUGUUCACUCAUUUUCGAGAACUCUUGAAUAGUCGGGCUACUUUGGGAUACCGGCCUCAAGCGAAUGGACAACAGGAACGAUCGGUCCAAACAGUUGUAAGGAGUAUUGGGGCCUAUAACGAGCAAGCCGACCAAAGUGACUGGGACGACCAUGCGGAAAGACUGAUGUUUGCCUUAAAUACUUCGUUCGACGCAACGCGUUUGGAUACCCCGUUUUACUUGAUUCACGGUUGGGACCCCCAUAGCACUCUGAAAGCAAUGUUGGGUCCGACGCCGUCCAGUAUACCUGAAAGAACCGCUUACGAAUGGAGACGAAAAGUUCAGAUAGACUAUAGCUACGCGCAAGCGUGUGCCGAGGACUUGCAGAACAAAGCCCGACGACAUCGUUCCGACCUUCAAACACGAAAGUGGAAAGAAUUAUCCGAACGCCUGAAAUCAGGUUUUCAGAAAGGGGAUGCCGUAUGGUUAUAUAUCCCAAACAAACAGACUGGACUAAGCAAGAAGUUGGCGCAUCUAUGGCAUGGACCUUUUCGGAUCGAUGAAGUAUUGGAUGAUUUCAGGCCAAAAGCGUUGUUUCCCAAAAGACCGACAGUCAGUGUGGAGAUAGCCGAAGAAGACGAUUUUGAUGCUGCAUUGCUCCCAGAAGACAGUUGGGAAGCAGAUGCUCAAAAGGAUGAGUACGAGGUAGAAACGAUUCUGGAUCUUAGAUGGUCUAAGAAAACUCGGACCUCCAAACGACGUCGGGAGUACCUGGUCAAGUGGAAGAACUAUGACGAUCCAGAGUGGUUUCAUGUAUCCCAACUGAACUGGGGGGGCAUUACUCUAUCAGUUCAAUCAAGGUGCACGGGCACGUCCCCGCUUCCAGAGUAUGCAAGCAGGAGAUGUCCACCCGAGGAAUUAACUUUUGAAAGGAGGAAAUACUGCACUUGUGUGUGGAAUAGCGAAUAA